AUGGACACCGCUGGUCACGACACCAUGGCCGAGGUCACAUAUGAUGACGACGAUGUGAUGUUCAUUCAAUUUGAUGACGAAGACGACGGCCCUGUUCCCAUUCAGGCCCCUCUUCCUCGUGAGAUACUCGAAUGGAUGUACCCUGAUGACAAAGCCAUGGUGGACUUACACUGUCAAAUGAAGCUUUCCGACCAUGCCCCCUACAUUGGCCUCCGGAACGACUUCCUUCAAGAGUCUAUCGUUUAUAAAGGACAGGAACCCGGCAUUGCAGGGGGAACGAUCUCGGUAGCGUUUGCUUAUGAGGGAGAAAUUGACCCGUCAGCUGCUUUCACGCUGAGGGCCCGUGAAACCAGAAUUGUGAUCGAGAGCGAUGACGACUCGCUCCCUGUCGACAACAUAAAGCCAGGGUCCUGGUUUCGGCGUGAUCCAAAGCCUGAGGACGGAGAAGGAUAUGGAUCAGCAGCGGAGCCACCGAUGAUCAUUUACGACGAUUUGGGGAAUAUCCUGAAGCUGCGGCAACCAGGGAAGAAAAACUAUUUUGAGGCCAUCACAGCUCAGCAGACUGAUGGCAAGAAUGGCUUGAAAAUGGGUCAUUGUCCGUACGAGGUAGAUGACAACAACGAGCAGGAUCCAUAUUAUCUUGGUCCUACUGUUGGCUGGGCACCAUACUUCCUUAACGACAUGCCAAGUGCAGGAUGCUUUACGCCAGAAAAGUGUUUGGUGGAUGUAGAAGAUCAGAUUCCGCUGCCUUUUGUUCGCUGUCUGUAUGAGACGGACUCUCCGUUGGCUCUUCCAUACCGUGGUCAACAUCACGACUUCCUCCCCAUAUACAGAACUCGCCUGCGCCAGGGAAUGCCGAGAAAAUGUUUUGGGGAGGCCAGCAAGAGUCCUGUUCGUGGGGACAUCAGCCUCUCCGAGUACGCCAUUCUUACUGGGAGAUACAGAGACUGGACCCGACUCCUCAUCGGCCUGGAGAUGAUUCGAGGCCAGCAAAACCGACGCUACUAUGAGGCUGCAGCUACGGGACUUCUUACAAUCAUUCAUUACUUAGGUCGUCACUUGAAAGAGCUUGAAAAGCAUAACAGUGACAUUCGUGUCUCUGCCGAGGAGAAGACGGCUUUUUGGCAACGUAUCCGCGAAAUGCUGGAGAGCGUGUUUUGUCAACAAACGAUGAGUAUGGGCCAUAUCAUGAACGGCCGAUUCGAAAUGGUACCCAGGAGAACAAGCAGUGCAGAGACACCGCUGGCAGGCCGUCCGUUCAGACAGCCCGGAAUGCUGCCCGAAAAUUGGUGGAUCUAUGGCAGGGAAGUCGACAAGGAUUGGAUCGACUAUUUCAGAGACCAUUUCUGGGGAGGUUCGGUUCUCGAAAAUGACAUGUUCGUUCCUGUUCCUGCCCAUUUCUGUGGUGCUUUCCAGGCGCCACAGACAACUGCAGAUACCGAGAUGACGGACGAGGAGCCAGCUGGGGGCAGACAGGGGCAAGCAGAACAAAACACGCAUGACAGCCAGGAUCGUGAACGAAUGCAGCCCUUCAACAUCGUCGCACAAUUCACAAUGGAAAACCUGAGGGAGAUCAUGAACCAGAUGUAUUGGGUUCUUUACGGAAUCCCAGGCGAGGCGCCAAUAGUCGGAUCCGAGGACUACUUUUCCAAAGAUGAGUAUCAUUAUCUUUAUCGGAUGGCCAUUUAUUGCUGCCGAGAAUUGAGGAAGGUGGAUCCAGACAGAAUGCCUCCGUCGCGCUACAGCAACCAAAAGAUGUUGCGAUAUGCCGGCAGGAAGUACAGGCACCACAUUGAAGAGUUUAGCGUUUGA